AUUUGUGUGCCAAUAUGAAUGCAGCUCCUACAAUGUCACAGAGGUCUUGGAUUGACGACACCUUCUGCAAGAGAGAGUGUAUUAAAUUCAUCCCAGCAUGUGGAGACAUACACAGAUGCUGCUGCGGACGUCUGGUAGGGGAGCACACCUGGCUGGAGACUGGCCCCUUCAUGUCCCACUGGCCUGGGCCCCAGGCAGUGCAAGAAGAGAGGUGGUCAGUGGAGUGUCACACACAAGCCAGUGCCACCGAUGCCUACGGAACCAUUGACUUCCAGGACAGCGCUGACCGUAACUGCCAUGCCAAGUACGUUCGUGUUGCGGUCGACACAAAGGCUGAGGCUCUGCUGCAGCUGAUGCUGAGGGAGUGGCAGAUGGAACGGCCUAAACUACUGCUGACGGUCCACGGGGGAGCAGAGAACUUCCCUCUCCCCCUCAAGGUUAGACAGGCCUUCAGCAAAGGCCUGAUAACUGCAGCCCAGAGCACUGGAGCUUGGAUAUUCACAGACGGCAUCAACACAGGUGUGUCCCUGUAUGUAGGGGAGGCUGUGAAAGCAUACGGCACCAAUGGCCGCAGGAAGAGGAACGCUGUAGGGGUCACGCCCUGGGGCGUAAUUGACAACCACGGUGACCUUAUAGGGAGAGAUGUGCUCAGGCCUUACCAGCCCCUGAGAAGCCCCUUGAGCAAAACUGUGUGUUUGAACAGCCUGCACUCCCACUUCCUGUUAGUGGACGAUGGAACUCUGGGGAAACAUGGCUGCCAGCUGGGACUCAGGAGGAAGCUGGAGAGACACAUUCAACUGCAGAAGAUCCAUCCUAGGGUUAACCAGGGUGUGCCAGUGGUGUGUGUGGUGGUGGAGGGCGGCCCUGACAUUGUGUCCAUGGUGUUGGACUAUGUGAGCAGUGUGCCCCCCGUGCCUGUGUUCGUCUUCGAGGGAUCAGGCCGGUCGGCUGACUUGCUGGCAUUCUUGCACAAACAGACCGCUAUGGAUAGGCAGCUGGACACAGACAUCAAGGAGGACUUCCUUCUGAGGAUAGGGGGCAUGUUUGGUCUGGAGAGAGCAGACGUCAACCAGCUCUACAACCUUCUGAUGGAGUGUAUGGACUACAGACAGUCUAUCACAAUCUUCGACUCGGAAUCCGAAGAUCAACAGGAGGCAGACUGCGCCAUUUUGAUGGCCACACUGAAAGGUACCAAGUCAUCUCCAGCGGAGCAGCUCGGUACGGCUCUGGCUUGGGACAGAGCAGACGUGGCUAACAAACACAUCCAAGUGUACGGCCAGUACUGGCAGGUUGGCUCGUUGGAGCAGGCCAUGCUGGAUGCUCUCAUCAUGGACCGGGUUGGCUUUGUCAAACUGUUGAUCGACAACGGUAUGACCAUGAACCGCUUCCUGACCGUUUCACGUCUGGAAGAGCUCUAUAACACGCAACAGGGACCAACAGACAAUUUCCUCCAUCACCUUGUGGAAGAUGUGAAACAGAACCAUAUACCCAAAGGAUACAGAGUCUCCCUCAUAGACGUGGGGCAGGUGAUUGAGUAUCUGAUAGGAGGAGCCUAUCGGAGCACAUACACACGGAAACACUUCCGGGCCUACUAUAACCACUUACAUACCCACUGCAUGGACACUGGACUGGACAGGAUAGUUCAGGACCCCGGACCAAACAGGGAAGCCUGCACCCUUCACCCACCCCAAAGCCCUAACAACAGUCCGCCAUGCAAACCUGUCUUCCACACUGCUCAGCCCUACAAACGCAAGGAGAGAUCCAUGGUCCCCAGGGACCCGAAGGAAGCCCAGCAGCAGAGCUCCAAGCUGGGCGACUCUUCUCUGGUAGUGUUCAACUUCAACGACCUGUUUGUUUGGGCCGUGCUGCAGAGGCGCCAGCAGAUGGCGCUGUUCCUGUGGCAGCAUGGGGAGGAGGCCAUGGUCCGAGCUACUGUGGCUUGUAAGCUGUACCGCGCCAUGGCCCACGAGGCUAAGCAAAGCAACAUGGAUGACACCACAGCGGAGCAACUCAAAACCUACUCGCUGGACUUUGGUCAACUGGCUGUAGACGUGCUGGACAAUGCCUUCAGGCAGAACGAGCGCAUGGCCAUGAAGUUGCUGACCUCGGAGAUGGAGGCCUGGAGCCACUUCACCUGCCUGCAGAUGGCCGUGUCCUCCCGGCUCCGCCCCUUCGUCUCCCACUCCUGCACCCAGAUGCUGCUCACUGACCUGUGGACCGGCCGCCUCAACAUGAGGAAGAACUCCUGGUUCAAAAUCAUCCUGAGCAUCCUCAUGCCCCCUGCCAUCCUGCUACUAGACUUUAAGAGCCAGGCGGAAAUGUCCCAUGUGCCCCAGUCCCAGGAGGCUUUGCAGUUUAUUUGGGACACGGGGAGACCAGAGGCAGCCCAGGAGGGGCAUACAGUAACUAAGGAGGGCCAGGAUGUGGAGAAGGGGUCAGCAUGCUGGGAGAGGAUCUCAGACCCCGAAGCUGACACAGUCAUACCCGUUACCACCCUGUGUCUCUUCUGGACCAGGAGGCUGUACGAGUUCUACAACACUCCGGUCGUCAAGUUCAUGUUCCACACGAUGUCUUACCUGGCCUUUCUCAUGCUGUUCUCCUACACUGUUCUGGUGAAGAUGGAGGACCGGCCCAGCACUCAGGAGUGGCUGGUCAUUGUCUAUAUUGUAUCCACCGCGGUGGAGAAAAUAAGAGAGGUGUUCAUGUCGGAGCCGAGGAAGCCCAGUCAGAAGCUGAAGGUGUGGUUCGGAGAGUACUGGAACGUGUCUGACUUCCUGGCCAUCCUCCUCUUCCUGGUGGGGCUGGCACUGCGCUGGCACAGCGGGUCCUACCGGACAGCAGGUCGGAUCACCUACUGCCUGGACAUCAUCUUCUGGUAUGUCCGGAUGCUGGACCUGCUAGCGGUCAACCAGCACGCUGGACACUACCUCACCAUGAUCACCAAGAUGACCAGUAACAUGUUUUACAUUGUGGUCAUGAUGGCCAUCGUGCUGCUGAGUUUCGGGGUGUCCAGGAAGGCCAUCUUGUCUCCAGAUGAAGCUCCGUCAUGGAGCCUGCUCAGAGAUGUGGUCAACCAGCCGUACUGGAUGAUGUUUGGAGAAGGGUACCCCGAUGAAAUAGACGCCUGUGCAGAAGGCAAGCCGUGUGCCCCCGGGGCUUUCCUCCACCCUUUCCUCCAGGCCGUCUACCUCUUCUUCCAGUACCUCAUCAUGGUCAACGUCCUCCUUGCCCUUCUCAACAAUGUCUACUUUAAAAUGAAGUCCACGUCCAAAAAGCUGUGGAUGUACAACCGUUACCGUUACAUUAUGACCUAUCAGGAGAAGCCGUGGCUGCCCCCGCCCCUCAUCAGCCUGAGUCACGUGACCCUGUGUGUGACCGCCAUUUACCGGAAACACAGGGGCUUGUCUGAGAAGGAGAGGGACUCCUGUCGGCUUAAGCUUUACCUCGGCCGAGAGGAGCUGAAGAGGCUUCAUGAGUUUGAGGAUAGGUGUGUGAUAGCUUAUUUCCACGAGAAAAAACAAGAUGUUCUCUGCAGCCAGAUCCACAGGAUCCAAGCCACUGCAGAAAGGGCUGAGGAGAUGGGUGUAGUUAUUGGUGAGGUAUCUGAAAGGGUCCAUUUCAUCCAGGACAGCCUGCAGGUGCUGGACAGCCAGCUGGGCCAGCUGCAGGUCCUGUCCGCCCUGGCCGUGGACACCCUCACCCUACUGUCGGCCUCUGACAGCCUGCAGCAGAAGGAAGCCCACCUGGGAUACUGCCGGCCGAUUGCCCACUCCCAUCACUACUCACCCAACAGCUGUACCCUCCCCCACAUUGACAUCACGCCCUGCCACACACCCAAGGCCUACCACAGCACCCCACCCUCCCUGCUGUGGGGCCUCACCUCCCUCAGCCACCGUCCGCCACUGGAGUGGCACCCGGGAACAUGGGGGGACGGUGGUCGUGAGGGGUGGGGGGCUGGCGAGACAAAAGAGGAAGAGAAGGUACAGAGUAUCAUGGUGCAUCACAGUGGUGAGGUAUGGCCGGUUGAUUAUGGCUUUGGCCCCCAUGACUCUCUCCCUCACCUGGGCGGUGCAGGGCACAGAGACAAGACACCCUGUGAGUCGUGCGGGCCUUCCCACUGUGGCUCUCCCCUGCACCCCUGGACCUGGGCUGUAGAGGGUUCUCUGGAACCUCCUCACUGCAAACCCUGGGCCUACUAUGACCCUGAGAUGUCCAUGGAGGAGGACAAAGAGGGGGAGGUUGGGCAGCCCUUUAAUGUGGAUGUGUCGAGGGCCUCUAGCCAUGACUUUCUGUUGUUGGACCCCCAGGACGAGAGAGGCUGUGGGGCCAUGGGUUUGGUGAACCCUUCCUUCUGUAAGGAUGACGACCCUGGGGCAGCUAGCCCCAGACUGGGCCAGUGGGGCAGGAAGUGUCCUCGUCGGUGGACAUGUCUGUCCAGGGACCAGCCGCAUAGACACAGGCGCUCUCCUUCCUCUAGCAUGGAGAACAUGGCUCUAUCUAAUCCCUCCCUGAGGCCAUUACAAGCCUCUUUCCCCGCCCUCGACUGCCUAUCAGGGGAGCGGAGCUUCACAGCUGACAUACCCCUUGGCUGCAGUAAAAGCAGAGAGUGGUCCAAGUCGUCUGACCUGGCGAUGACCUCAGGGAGCAGAGAGAGGUGUCAGGCCAGGAAGACAGUCAAGAUUUUGGAGGGGAGUUCUUCAGAUGCUGUGGACUCUUACCUUUCUGACGUGUGCAGGAAGAGGAGGCGCAGGGGAGGAGAGCCUGUGUGCUGGUCUGCAUCUGCUAGCCUCAACAAGUUCAAUUUGGAACCCCUGGAUACUUUGCAGAAAGAGCAUUUUUCACGUCAGGAUUCUAGUCAGUCCGUGUGGACCAGCUGGGUCCGCUCUGUCAGCCGCAGGUCCCUCUCUGUCAGCCGCAGGUCCUCAGUGCAGGGUGGGAUCACACCUGAAGGUAGGCAACCUGACUCAUGUCUAGAUAAAUUGCUUGUAUAUAAAAAUGUAUAUAUUCGUUUUCACUCUCAUUCUUUUUCUCAUCUUUCCCCUCUUCUAGAAUAUUCAACUCUGUGUUUGUCUGUUACAUUUCAAUCGAUGGAAGACCUGGACCCACACUACUCAGCCAUGGAAAAGAACAACCUGAUGAGGCUUGCUCACACCAUACCUUUCACACCUGGCUCCAUAAUGACGGGAGAGGAGGUGAGUGUCUACUCCCUGGAGGAGGUAGAAGCUGCAGGUGCGGAGUCCUCCGUAAUCUCCUGGUCGCCCCGGGGGCUGUCUGCAGUGCUGCAGCCGCUGUCCAGCGAGGGCUGUCUAGAUGGGGCCCUGCGCAGGGCCAUGCGCGUGUUGUGUACCUGGGCCGAGGGGGACAUCCUGAGUGUGGGCUGUGUGUACGUGGUCAAAGCCUUCCAGCCCAAGGUGAUCCGAACCUGGCAGAGGGUCUUCCACAGCGACACCCCCCUCCAACUCUGUCUGCGGGAGAUACAGCAACAGAGAGCUGCUCAGAAACUCAUGCACGUGUUCAACCAAGUCAAACCAGAAAAUGUGCCCCUUUCUCCCAGGUUCCUGGAUGUGUCUCUUCUUCACUGUCACUCAGACGGACAGUGGUUGACCAUAGAGAGGAACAUGUUGGGUGACUUCAGGAAGUACAACAAUAACACCGGAGAGGAGAUCACCCCCUGCUGUGGAAUGGAGGAAACGCUCCUGGCCUUCUCCCACUGGACCUACCAAUACUCCUGUAGAGAACUACUGGUGCUGGACAUACAGGGAGUGGGGUCGGAGCUUACAGACCCAUCGGUCAUCCGAGCGGACGACAAAAGCUUGACUGGUGACAUGGUGUUUGGUCCUGCUAACCUGGGAGACACUGCCAUCCAGAGCUUUGUCCUCAAACACACCUGCAACUCCUGCUGCAAGAACCUUGGACUCUUGGAUUUGAAGAGGAGCACAGACAGCUGCGGGAAAACAGAACACAGAUCUUCUGAAGAGGAAAGUGGAGUGAUCGUGACCAGAGUGUAACCUCUGACUUGAAAGCAGAAGUCCGCCAUCCUAACCUCUGGUUCAGGUGGGAUGAAGUUGCCAUUAAAGCAUAAAGACACUGAUCAGUUUAGUUUCUUUCUCCCGAAAUGGUUAUGGAUAGGAAUAGGGAACGCUUACUUGAUCCAGAGGUGUGCUUAAGGGAAACUUCUACCAUGAAUAAAAGCACUCACUUGGGGCUUUGAAUGGAUAGUGUACAUUGCAUAACGUCAUGUGGACUACCUCUUGUGUUAGAUGGCUGGUAGGGCUUUGGUUUUAAAAAUGAUUAACAUUGCACUAGUCUCAACAGCAAGCCAGAUGCCGUAGUCUUGCAUUCGUUCCAGCUAUGGCGUGCAUAGUGGAGGGAGGCCAAGGCAAAUACAUUUUAUGUACAUACACUCCCCGCCGUAUUUAUUUGGACAGUGAAGUGAAAUUUGGCUCUAUACUCCAGCAUUUUGGAUUUGAGAUCAAAUGUUUCAUACGAGGCGACGGUACAGAAUGUCACCUUUUAUUUGAGGGUAUUUUCAUACAUACUUGUUUUGCCGUUUAGAAAUUAAAGCACUUUAUGUACAGUGCCUUGCGAAAGUAUUCGGCCCCCUUGAACUUUGCGACCUUUUGCCACAUUUCAGGCU